AUAUAUAUAUGUAUGAAUAUAUAUUUAUAUAUAUAUAAGAUGGUGUGGGUGUGAAAGAACCGCGGGAGAAGAUGGCGUCUUGAGAGGGAAAGAAAAAAAACGCAGCUGAGAAGGCAGCGUCUAUUUUCUGGCGAGGAGUGAUCGCUGCUGCUUAUUAGAGCUGCUGAGGAACGUGGGAGACAAAAGAGAGUGAAAGAUUGGAGGAGGAGGGAGGAGGUGCUGCCGACUGCUGUCACCUCCUCCUCCUCCUCCUCCUCCAUCCAAUCCUCCCAGUCUCGCGGAGAAAUAAACAGAAGCGUGCAGAAGGAAGAGAGGACAUUCCUCCUUCAUCCAGCCCUUUCCCCUUCUCCCUCUCUCUCUCAUGGAGAGGAAUUAUCCCGCCGCUGCCGGCUUCGGGGACCUGGGCUCCGGGACGGGAUGGACUUACGACCGAUCGGCCAAAGCAAGCCUCAUGUACGGGAGCGGCAGGUUAUCCCACCCCGAUUCGGAGCUGCUCCACAGGCAAGCCUACGGGACCCCUCACCCUCUCCAGGGCUAUGCAACCAACCACCACCCAGGAAGCUCCAGGCACAGUGGGUCUUGGGGCGGACCCACACUCGGCCUCUCAGGGCUGUUUGAUGCCAGCCUCCACCACUCAGGCCCCGCGUGUCCUGAACCAUCCGUCAUGAACCUGAUUUCAGCUUUGGAUUCUAGGGGUCCUCAGCACCCACCCUCGGCCUCUUCCCUCCUCACACAGUUCCGCACUCCCUCUUGGCAGACAGCAAUGCACACACCGGCCCCAGCGGAGCUCUUUAUUUCAGGGGCUAUUCCAAGUUCCAGCUCUUUCCCUUCCUCCUCAGCCCUUUCCGCAUACCAGCACCCUGGCUCCUUCUCUGGACGCUCCUUCACUCCUUCAUUAUCUCUCCAGGACGCAUCCACCUUUAGCCCAACUUCCAAUGGUUUGUUGUCCCCCCAUGACCCCCUGCUGCACAUAAAAACACCCUCCCAGUCAAGCUUGGGAUUUGAUCGCCUGCUGUCUUCUCAGAGUGCCGUCUACCGGAGCUCCCAGGAGCUUUCAGCACCCCCUCAAAACCAUGUCCCAUCCACCUCCUCCAGCUGUCACCUGCCCCCUCCCCAGUUUAACCUGCUGUCCUCCCAACUCCACAACCAGUCCUCCCAGCUCUAUAAUGCCUCAAUGUUCUCUUCCAAGCCAGCCCUAAUACCCACAACCCCCACUCAUGAUAGGGCAGGUCCCCGACAGGACAGUGUUAUCAAGCAUUACCAACGUUCAUCCCCACCCCACUCCACAGCACUCCCUAUACAGCAAUAUAUCAAUUGCGGUGGGUCAGUCGGCUAUCAGCAAAUCCCAAAUCAACACCGGCAUGCCGGUGUGUCCUGCUGUCCCUUGGGGGAACAGAGCCCACCCUCAGACCACAAACCCUCACCACAAUCAGAGUCACAAAUAUAUGGACCUAAUAUUCAAACACCCUACACGUCUUCUUCCUCCAGCUUGGCCCCCACCUCAUCUGGUAGUAAGGAAACCAAGAGCUCCACUAGUGGCUACUCUUCAUCCAACUCAGCAUCAUCCUCUUCCCGAGCCCCUCACACUCCACCACCCUUGGCCUCCUCCACUUCCUCAUCAGUCUCUUCAAAUCCUAAAAUCAGCACUGACUCUUUGUGUGCUCCCUCCCGUCAGCAGCCCCCACCUUCACCGGCUCCACCUCUUUUGCCAGUGGUAUCUUCCACGCAGUCAACAUCCGAAACAUGCCUCUCCUCAUAUGGUUCUCCACCCACAGCCAAAUCCAGCACAGGCCUACAAGGCCAGAACACCCAAGAGCAACAAGGCCAGUCCUACUCUCCCAACCAGCCAGCAACAGGUCACAUGACCCAGUCUUAUGGAGCCUUUAGUUCACCUAGCACACAGGAUAUUAGCUCUGGAGCAGCGGGUAAUGGAGGGAAAACUUACAAUGACUUAGGCUCAGAUGGACGCUCAUUCUCAGCAGGGGUAGUCUUUGGAGAGUCAAACUUUAGCUCAGCCUCUCUUAGGAGGGCAGACAGUCCUUCUUUGGGGUAUGGGAGCAAUACAGCAUCAACAGGAAGUGGGGCUUCAGGUGUGGCUACAUUUGAUACUGGACUUGGCUCUGCAGGUUCAGAAGGUGGGGUGGCCAGUGUUGGCAGUGGAGGCAGUGGUUCAUACCACUUGAAUGAAUCUAGUCCCUCACCUUCUAAUAAUUCUGCUGUCACCCAUCCCGGGUUGCAUUCUCCUGCUUCUACUCGACCAGCACAAUCCCCUGGAGGCCCAGGGGGCAGUAAAUACCUGAACCCUAUGCUUUCACCAACCUUCAUGGCACCGUCACAAGGUUUUACUGAACCGCGGCAAGCACAGAGCCAGCAGUCCUUCCACUCAACUCCACCUAAACCAGAAACUCAGACCAACAUGCUUGGGGUUGAGCGCUCCCAAGAAGAAGAAGAGGAAGACAAUUUUCUCAUUCAACAAUUACUGCACACACAGAGUUCAACUUCUCAUUCGGCCCAGAAUCCCCCGGCCCCUCAGCAAAUACCGCAACAGCUCACAUUGACUGGGGAUACGGAAGCCAAGGGAGGAGCUUAUGACAUGAACAAGAUCUCUGAAGAACGUUUUCACCUUCACAGUGUAAUCCGAACAAACAGCACUGCUAGCGAUUCGGGCCCUGUAACAUCAAUUAGUGAUGGAACCAGUGGGUUGAAUAGUCAGUUAGAAAUAUCACAGACAAAGGAUCAGCACGCCAAUUCAGAGUUGAAAAUAUCAAAGUCAAUUUCUGAAGGUGUAGGAAGAGUCACAGAUUCUAUUUCUCUAUCCCAUAGUACGCAUUCACAUCAACCAGAACAUGACUCUUUGGGUUCUGUGGGGCAUUAUGGAAGAGGGGACCCCUAUACACAGCUCCCACAUUCUCAUCCUACCCCUCAUGUGUCACCCCGUCAGCAGUCUCAACAUUCUCAGCACACACAGCCCGCCCAUCAUACUCAUCAACACCUCCCUCAUAAAAUGCAUCCUCAUCACAUGGAUCGUUCAGAGAGACCAGAUCGUUCUUACAUGUGUAAUACACCAGAUGCUCAGCAGGUUUCACACCAAAUGAUGAAUUCGCCAUCCAACUGUUCUCAGCAAACUCACAUGCUGCAGUCUGCCAUGACCCAUAACUCACAGACUAAAAUGGACCCCCAGCAUGCCUCGCAACAGCAUCCCUUGAGUCAACAGGGCAUAAUGGAAUCUGCUAGAGGAGCCGUGCCCACAGGGGUAGAUUCUCAGUUGCAAAUCCAGCUACAGAAUCCAGGUUUGGAUACAAGGUAUAACCUUGCAGCUCCAAGAGAUCAAAGCCAACUCAGGCAGAACUCGGUAUCCCCACUAGAUAUGUUGGACCAGUCUCUUUCACAACCAAGGAGCAGUGAUACUGGAGGAGUUCUAGAUCGGACCAGCAUACGGAGUGGUGCUAAUAUUACAGGAGGAGACGCUAUUGUUGGAGAAAGGCAUAGGCAGCAACUCCGACUGUCAUCCUAUCACCAUCGCCAACCAACAGCCACAGAGCUUCAAGGCUUUCUCUCUGAGCCAGAUAUAGGCUUACCUAACACCCCGCACUUGCACCACCUCAACCAACCCCAGACACAUGCCCAUCAUCAACAGCAAGCACACAGUCAACAUCAACUUUCCCACUCCCAGAUAACUCACCUCCAGUCCCAUCGGAUGGCAGGAAAUAUGGAAACUCCCCAACAACAGCAACACUCCCAACCAAGGGAGACAGAGAACCAUCUGCCACACACACAGAGACUCAAGUCACACCAGUUUGACACUGUGAGCUCUAAUAGUGUACCGGGACAGAAUCAAAGUCAACAACAGGAGCAGUUUACAUCUUUAACAUCAAUGUGCUUUUCCGACUCUCUUUUAAAUGAUGAAGAUCGGUCUUUCUUUCCAAGGAUGGAUGACAUGUUUUGCUCAACAAAUUACAAGUCAAAUUGUGGAGGAGUUUCUAUGGCUGGACACUCUUCCCAAGACAGUGUUACCCAAGGUCGAGGGCAAGAGGGAAUGGAUGUCCUUAAAACAGGAGGUGCUGGAGAACGCUAUGGUAUGGUAGGUCAACAUGGAGAUCAAGGCUAUGGACAAUAUUGUCAUAAUCUUUCUGGAACAGGAAGUGCAAAUCUGCAUUUAGAUCUUGACUCCCUGAAAACCCAUCAGCUUCCGUCAACUGUGAAUACUGAUCAACUUGGUCUCAUACAGUCCCAGACCUCUACUAUAGGGAUGAAUUCUGCAGUUCAAAGAGGUGACUCGGUUAACAAGAUGACAGCAUCUGUAGGAGUUGGUGGAGGCACAAACAAUACCGCUAUGACCUCAGCUAUCUUUUGUUCCUCCCGGCCCAAGAAACUGCUGAAGACUAGCUCAUUUUAUCUGCUCAAACAGCGGCGUGAACCACAGCCUCUAACCAAGAAAAAUUAUGUGCAAGAGUACGAAUUUGAAGAUGAUGAGGAUAAAGCUGAUGGUCCAGCUGAUAUACGUCUUAACAGUCGACGCCUUCCUGACCUGCUCCCUGACUUGGUUUCUAGCUGUAGGAAGGCUGGUGUGUCAUCAGGUGUCAGUGGGCUCAAUCCAAUGAUAGGUGACAUUGACUUCUGCCACCCGUCUAGCUACCCUUCCCUUGGACAUUCUCAGUCUCUUCUCCCUCAAGAUGGCCCAAAGAAAAGAGGAAGGAAACCAACAAAACCAAAACGUGAUGGCCCUCCUCGCCCUCGAGGGAGACCGCGCAUACGCCCUCUUCCAGAGCCCUCAUACUGCAGGGGGCUGAUGGGAUCAGGAGCUGGAGAAAGUAGGAGGGGGCGUGGGCGGGGUAGAGGUCGUGGUAAGAAAGACGAAAGCAUCACAGAAAUGCAUCAAGCUUUCAACAAAGCACCAAACAUAUGUAAUCAGCAGCAGCAGCAUCCACAACAACACUUCAACCAACCACAGCCACAUGAACAUCACAGACAACAACUAGACCCCCACUAUUUAUCCCAACAGCACCAAGAGCAUCUCUUGCACCAUCAUGUGCCCUCCACUCACCAUCAACAACAUCAUCAGCAACAGCAGCCAAAUUACCAACAACAUCUGCAUCAACCAGUCCAACAACUGCAACAUGACCAAGACAGCCCCAUCAAGAACCCACUUCCUGGCUCAGCGAUGCCGCCAUCACAAUCUUUGCUGCGGACCGAUUCACUGUCCAGCAUUGAGCCUGCUCUGUCUGACGGAUCCGUCGGUUCAGCACCAUCUCUGGGCCCGAGUCCUGGACCCAGUACCAACAUGGACAUGAGCAGAAAUGAGCUGAACCCUACACCGGACAAAAUGCAUUAUGAAAAUCCUGGAGAGACAUGGAAGAAAAUGGAAGAUCAGUUGAACCCUGAAGGCUGGGGCGCCAUGCAGAAACUCUCCAGCUCUGUUGACGAGAAGGCUUAUGACUUCAAACCUGGCUUCAUGUCCUCUUUUUUGGACUUUCUGAAGACCGGCAAAAAACCAUCAUGCCUGGAACUGGGCGAUGAUGGCUGUGAACAGGAAGCCUGUUCCUGUCACAAAGGUGGGAUUAGGCCCAUAACACCGACUCCGCCACUGCCGCCGACCCCACCACAAGGGGCGUUCAGCGAGGAAAGAGGAGGCGAUGGGGCAGGCCUCUCCCUCGGUAGCUGUCAGAGUCCUUGCAAGCCUCUGGAUGAGGAGUUGAAAGGGAACUUGGAGGCGCUGCCCACCUUCUCCUCUGACGAGGAGGACUCAGUCAGCAAAAAUCAGGACUUGCAGAAGAGCAUCUCGUCCGCCAUCUCUGCCCUCUAUGACACCCCCCACUCUCUGGCUGCUGCCAUGGCCUCGGCUAUGGUCAAAGUACCAUCUACCCUCUCUCCACCGACCCCACAGGAGCCCCCACUCAGCCCUUUGCCUCCUCUCGCCUGCUCUACUGCAAUGCCCAACGGGGAGGAGGGGACGCUCGCUUACGAUGAGCGUCACACCCCCGAGGACAACUUUGUCUCGUCACGGUGCGAAGUGGAAGGGGAAAGCGAGCAGACAGGAGAAAUGACUGAGGAGGAAGAGGUCGGAGGAGAGAUGACUGCAGAUGAUGAAGGAAUGAGGAGAGAGCCACACGAUCCGCAGCAGGAAGAUGUGGUAGAGCAGGAGGUGAAGGAAGACGACUUGCUGUUGUCCAACAUGGAGACCUUGGAGACGUCUAAGACUGAAGGUACUCCACCAAGUCCUGCACUGGCUCCCGCACCUCUGUCCGCAUCGCCGUCCGUUACCCCUUCACCACCCACCUUCUCUUCACCCUCGCCCCACCCUCCCACGUGUCCUUCCGUGCCCUCCCCGCAGCCGAUCCGGGAGGGAGAAGAAGCCGAUCCACCUUAUCCUUGCUCUGAGCAGCAGCACGUUGCCUACCAACCGGUUCCGACUGCCGGCACCUCUCCACCCCCCUCCACCUCCCCCCCGGCCAUCCCCUCGCCACCCCUCUCCAACCUUCCCCAGAUCCACUCCAUACCCCCUCCAUCCGCCACACCGCCCCCGUCGUGCUCGGACCAAGACCAGGACCAAGACCAGGACCAGGACCAGGAACCUGAAGCUGGGCAAGCUUCCCCAUCCUCCCAGUCAUCUGCUUCCUCUUCCCCACAUCCUUCCCCUCCAACCCCGGAAGAGGCCCCUGUCCAGCGGCUCACCGCCUUGCACCUGGCGAAGAAACAGGCGGAUGCGGCGAUCGCUGGCGAGAGUGAGGCGGAGGACAGCGAGAGCGGCGGUGAGGGGAUCUUUCGUGAACGGGACGAGUUCGUCAUUCGAACGGAGGAAAUCGGGACACUCAAGAUGGCCUUGCAGACCGGACGGGAGCCUCCACCCAUCUGGAGGGUCCAGAAAGCCUUGCUUCAGAAAUUUAGCCCUGAGAUCAAAGACGGUCAGAGGCAGUUCUGUGCGACCAGUAAUUACCUGGGUUAUUUUGGUGAUGCCAAAAUGCGAUACCAGCGUUUGUAUGUGAAGUUCCUGGAGAAUGUCAACAAGAAAGACUAUGUCAGAGUGUGUUCCAGAAAACCGUGGCACAGGACUGGUCUGACCAUGAGGCGACAAGCGCUGCCAAAACCACUGCCUGCCUCUCACAACCAAACCCCACCGCGAGUGGACAGAGAAGAGAGGGACAAGGACAGACAGAAGGAGCAGAAAGAACGUGAAAAGGAGCUAGGAGAGAGGCUGCAAAGGGAGAAAUUGGAACGAGAGCGGAAGGACAAAGUGGAGAAGGAGAAAAAAGAGGAGCAGGAGAGGGACAGAAAAGAAAAAGAAAAUGGGGAAAAAGAACAAAAGGAGAGACGGGAAAGGGAGCAGAAAGAGCGGGAGCGCAAAGAAAAGGACAAAACGUCACCCGUCAAACAGGACAGUGAAAGACGGGAGGAGGAAAAAGAUGGGGAGAAGGGAAAAAACGAGAAAGAACACAAAGAGCGAGAGAACAGGAACAGAGAACUAAGAGAAAGGGAGGAACAGGAGCGGGAAAGCAAGGAAAAGGAGAAACAGCAAAAAGAAGUGAGGGAUGGAGAUAAAGAGAAGGAGAGAUGGUCUGAAAGAGGUGUCACAGAGAGGGGGAAGCAAAAGGAGGUGAGAAGAGAUCAUGGAGCAAAGGAGGUCCUGGAGGACAAAGGAGGUGCUUUGCAGUGUGUGACGGAGGAAGAAAGAACAGCUGAAAAGAAAAUGUCCCGUCAGUCCAGGAGCAAAACGUCAAAGGACAAGACAGAAGCUCCUCCAAAGAAGAGGAAGAAGUGGAUGAAGGAGGUGGCGUCUUCCUCCUCCGACUCAGACUCCUCCCUCCCCAGCGAAGCCGAAGGGCCGACGCAGGUUGGGGCCAACAGUCGGGCCAUGAGGGAGAUGUUCAGGAGCUACGUGGAGAUGUUGGUCAGCACGGCGCUCGACCCCGACAUGAUCCAAGCCCUGGAGGACACAGACGACGAGUUGUACCUGCCGCCCAUGAGAAAGAUCGACAGCAUGCUGAGCGAGCAAAAGAAGAAGCUGCUGAGGAGAGCCAACAUGAGUGCUCAGCACCAGGAGGCGCUUCAUAUAUUCCCCAAAAUGACUGCAGACCCACUGGACUCCGGGACGGUUAAAGUGCGCCUCGGUGGUGAAUGCUACAACCGCAAAACCCUAAACCACGGCAAGAGGAGCGUUCCCAAGCAACAAGAUCUGAAGAUCUCUAUUGAGACGUGCCGUAUCUACAGUCUGUAUCACUCCCUUCACCACUACAAGUAUCACACCUUCCUCCAUUGCAAGAAGGAGACGGACAGCAUCGAGCAGACGGCAGACGACCCCGGCCAGGAGGAGGUGGUGCAGCAGUGCAUGGCCAAUCAGAGCUGGCUGGAGAAGCUCUUCAGCUCCUUCCUGGAGCUGCUCAGCCUCAGUGCCAAAGCCUGAACACGGACAUCAGUCCAACCUAAAAAAAAGAAGUCUCCCGGGGUUUGUCAAACAAAUCAAUAAAAGACGGCGUUGUCGAUUUAUUGGGAGGGAGAAAAACAAAAGGUUUAAUAACUUGCGGUAAGAGUCACUCUCGGACUUUUUACUCCAAAGAAGCUUCAAUAAUGUGAAGAUGGUCCGUGGACACCAUACGUCCACACAGACAAAUAUGUCUUUAAGUAAUGUACUGAUAAUUAUGCUUUGUAUCAUUUAUACAAGGACAUUUUUAAAAAAUGAACAUCCUAAAAAAAAAAAAGGGAUAAAUAGCUGUAAAUAUUUUUUGAAAAAUGUUUUAAAGGGGUAUAAAUAAAAUUGAGUGUUUGCGCCUCUCAGACCUCCACGAGUGAAACUAGUGAAAAGAUUUAACGCGACUAUGUAAUAGUCCUUUUAUUGUCCCAAGGCUUGAGAUUCUCAUGUAUUUCAAUGGAGCUGCGUUAUUUAUGUCUCUUCUUCAAAGUACAGUCACAGAGGGGGUGUCCUUCCCCGUGAAAAGAGGUAACGGCGUCACAAUUGACGUCCCGAGCGGGGAGCGUGACGUGAAAAGAUAAAUGUGCGUGUUUAACGUGUGUCCUUUUUAUCUGUCUGUCGUCGAUUGAUACUUCCGUUGAUUUGACCUUCUUUGCAGAGCUUUUCUGUUGUUUUGAUGUGUAAAUAUUGUACAGCUUCUUCAUUCGACAACUCCAAGUUCCUCUUCUGUACAGAAAAUUCCUGUAUUUGAGAAAAGUAAAAUAAACCAUUCCACUGACAAACGUGCAAAUGCCUACGCUGGCGUCAU